AUGGGGAAGCCACUGGAGCAGCAGGGCAAUGGAGACAGUUUCCUUCUCGGCCCAGCGACUCGGACCUGCAGGUGCGUGCGCGUGUGGUCGGUCGAUGACGCCGUCAGCAAGAGCCGGGGCUUCCCUGCGCCCAGGGCCUCCUUUGAGUGUGGGCAAGUCCGUCAGUGCCCACGCAGCCGAGAUGAGGCUUUUCGGAAAAGCCCGUUCUCUGUCACAAAAAAGGUCCGCAGGCUGCUCUCCGAUCACGUGUCCCGGGGGGAAAUCCCAAGCAACAGGAGUACAAAGGAGUCCCUCCUGCUAAGUAUCCGUGUGCCUACCACACCCGAUGCAGGCGUGAAGUCCCCAGAACAUUCGUGCGGCCCCGAGGUCUCCUGCGUCUGUGAGAGCAGUGAUGCUGCGCAGAGUGAGGCCCGGGACCCCGGGCUCCAGGGCAGCGACCUCCCACCCUGCGGGGCGAGAACGUUGACACGGGACAGUCUCCCCAGCUCAGAAAGCAGGGCAGGGUCUAGCGCAGCCCAACGCCAGCCUCUGGGCCUCCGUCACCUCAGCGGGGCGACCCGGGGUGCUGAGUGUGCAUCUCGCCUUUCACCCCGACUCAGGGUGCGAGCACUGGCCAUCCUGGGCGUCAUCCUGGUUGUGGCCGGCAGCCAAGUUUUCUUCCCGUUCCUGAGAGUCAAGGACCUUUGGGGGGACCCCAGGGACCUGCCCGUGCUCCGAGUUCUGGAGGAGAGCCGGCUCCUGGUGGACAGCGCCAUCUACGGCACCCUGGAAAGAAACCUCAAGAAAAGGGAGAUCAUGUCUCCAUCUCAGCUCCUUUCUGCUUCCAAACUCCCGGAGCCGACCAGCCAGGCCAUUUCCCGCGCAGCGGAGAUCAUGGAGACCUCGGUGCAGGCGAUGCAGCGGCAGGCUGGCCUGGGACGGGCACGGCUUCUGACAGACGCGCUGCCCGCAGACGUGCUGAGCGUGAUCGCGAACGCGUCGGGCUGCCUGGCCCACAUGCUGCCCCCCCGCUGUCCGGACUCCUGCCUGGCGGACAAGUACAGGCUCAUCACGGGCGCCUGCAACAACAGAGACCAUCCCAGGUGGGGGGCCUCCAACACGGCCCUGGCCAGGUGGCUGCCACCUGCCUAUGAAGACGGCGUCAGUGAGCCCAGAGGCUGGAACCCCCACUUCUUGUACAAUGGGGUGCCCCUGCCACCGGUCUGGGAAGUGACCAGGCAGGUCAUCCAAGUUCCCAAUGAGGCUGUGACCGAGGAUGACCAAUAUUCAGACCUGCUGGUGGCGUGGGGGCAAUACAUCGACCACGACAUCGCGUUCACGCCGCAGAGCACCGGCAGAGCCGCGUUCGGGGGAGGAGCCAACUGCCAGCGCACCUGCGAGAGCCGGAGCCCGUGUUUCCCCAUCCAGCUCCCUGCCAACGCCUCCGGGACCUCCGGCACCACCUGCCUGCCCUUCUACCGGUCAUCCGCUGCCUGUGGCACCGGAGCCCAAGGUGCCUUGUUCGGCAACCUGUCCACGGCGAACCCACGACAACAGAUGAACGGGCUGACCUCCUUCCUGGACGCGUCCACCGUGUAUGGCAGCUCCUCCGCCCUGGAGAAGCAGCUACGGAACUGGACCAGCGCGGAGGGGCUGCUGCGGGUGAACACGCGCCACCGGGACGCCGGCCGUGCCUACCUACCCUUCGCCCCGCCACCCGCACCCCCGGCCUGUGCCCCGGAGCCCGGUGCCCAGGGCCCUGCCCCCUGCUUCCUGGCCGGGGACAGCCGUGCCAGCGAGGUCCUCUCCCUGACGGCCCUGCACACGCUGUGGCUGCGUGAGCACAACCGCCUGGCCGCAGCGCUCAAGGCACUCAACCCGCACUGGAGCGCCGACACCACCUACCAGGAGGCACGCAAGGUCGUAGGCGCCCUGCAUCAGAUCAUCACCUUGCGGGACUACAUCCCCAAGAUCCUGGGCCCCGAGGCCUUCGAGCAGCACGUGGGCCUCUACCAGGGCUACGACCCCACCGUGGACCCCACGGUGUCCAACGUGUUCUCCACGGCCGCCUUCCGCUUCGGCCACGCCACGGUCCGCCCGCUGGUGCGGCGGCUGGACGCCCGCUUCCGGGAGCACCUGCCCCGGCUGCUGCUGCGCGACGCCUUCUUCAGCCCCUGGAGGCUCCUCAAGGAAGGCGGUGUGGACCCCCUGCUGCGGGGGCUCCUCGUCCAGCCGGCCAAGCUGCAGGUGCCGGCCCAGCUGAUGAACGAGGAGCUGACCGACAGGCUAUUCGUGCUGUCCAGCGAGGGCACCUUCGACCUGGCGUCGCUGAACCUGCAGCGGGGCCGGGACCACGGCCUGCCAGGUUACAACGCCUGGAGGGAGUUCUGUGACUUGCCCCCGCUGCGCUCCCGGGCCGGCCCGAGCCGCCCCGUGGCCGACGGAGCUGUGGCCGACCGGAUCCUGGCCUUGUACCAGCACCCCGACAACGUGGACGUCUGGCUGGGCGGCUUGGUGGAGGACGCCCUGCCGGGCGCGCGGAUCGGCCCCCUGUUCGCCUGCAUCAUCGGGAGGCAGAUGAAGGCCCUGCGGGACGGGGACCGGUUUUGGUGGGAGCACGGAGGCGUGUUCACUGAGGGGCAGCGGCGGGAGCUGCAGAAGCACUCGCUGUCCAGGGUCAUCUGCGACAACUCUGGCCUCGCCCGCGCGCCCCCUGACGCCUUCCGUGUGGCGCGGUUCCCCCAGGACUUUGAGUCCUGUGAGGACGUCCCCGGCCUGAACCUGGACGAGUGGCGGGAGGCGGCUCCCCCAGGGGACACCUGCGGCUUCCCCGGGAGCGUGGAGAACGGGGACUUCGUGCUCUGCGGCGAGGCUGGGCGGCGCGUGGUGGUGUACUCCUGCCGGCACGGGUUUGAGCUCCACGGUCAGGAGCAGCUCACGUGCACCCCCCAAGGCUGGGACUCCCGGCCCCCAGUUUGCACAGACGUGGACGAGUGCAGAGCCGGCACAGAGCCGCCCUGCCACGCGCCAGCCCGGUGCCGGAACACCAAGGGCAGCUUCCGCUGCGAGUGCACAGACCCACAUGUGCUGGGGGAGGACGGAAGGACCUGCGUCGACUCCGGGAGGCUCCCGAGGGCGUCUCUGGUGUCCAUCGCGCUGGGUGCCCUGCUGGUCUGCGUCCUGGCAGCUCUCACCUGGACUGCCAUGUGCUGGUGGACACGUCGUGACUCCCAGUUCUCGCUGCCGGUCACCGAGAGAGACGGGGCGGCUGCCUCCCCGUCGGGACGAGGGAGAUGCCAGGACCCCCACUCUGCCCCGCGGGGGGUCCCGGAGCAGGGCCCGGCCUACAGGUCCCAGACCCUCCUCUGCGAGUAGGCAGCCGCCGCCCAGCCCUGGAGCCUCGGCUCUCAGAGGGGUCCCGAACCUCCGCCCAGACCACAGCAGGGAAACAGGCUUUGUUUAUCGAAGCAGCGUCAGCCCAGCCUCUCCAUCCCCUGUCAACUUCCGAAGAGUCGACAUCAGCAUCGUUCUCGUCUGUUUCGAGU